AUGCUCUCGGCGAUGCUCGACGGGUCCACGGACGGCGAGCAGGCCCUCCUCCUCCGCAAGAUGGCCAAGCGCGACACCGUCACCAAGCUCAAGGCGCUGGGCGAGCUCCGCGAGGCGCUCUCGGCGCACGGCGCCAGCUGGGCGGCGGAGCUGAUGCCGCACUGGGUGCCGCACUUUGUCCGGCUGAGCGGCGACGGGUCGUGGCAGGCCGCCGCCGCCGCCGACGCGCACGCUCGCCGGGUUGGCUCGGCGCUGCGGGCGGCGUCGCACCUGCUCGCGGUCGCUGCGGAGAGCGGCGAGGCCCCUGCGUCGGGUGCGCGUGCGGCGCUCGAGGCGGCGCUGUGCGGCGGCGAGGUGUGGAGGCUGGGGAGCGCCGCGUCGAGCUUUGUGCGGACGGGAGCGUACGGCUGGGCGGGAUCCGUCCUCUCCCACUCGACCGCGCUGGCGGCGGGCACCGCGGCCGAGAUGGCGGGGCUGCUGCUCGGCGGCCUCAAGGAGAGCGAGCCCGCCUGCCAUGCCGCGCUCUGGGAGCCACUGCUGCUGCUGCUGCGCGACCACGGCGCCGCAGUCUCGUGUAGCGAGGCGGCGCGCCACACGCUGCCGCGCCUCGUCUCACUGCUCGAGCACGGCUGCCACGGCGCCGCGCCGACCGUCGCGCGCGCGCUCCUCCCGCUCGUCUCCCUCCUGCCCGCCCCCCUCUUUGAGCCGCCCGCCUCCGCCGCACUCCCGCCCGCCGCCGCGCUGCUGGCCGCCCUUUGGCGGGGCCUGGGCGCGUCGGCGCUGCCGCCGCAGCACGGCGCCCAUCUGCUGCGCGCGUACGGCGAGCUGCUGCAGCUGCUGGUCGUGCGCACCUCCGCCCGCGGCGCGAGCGCGGCGCCCCUCUUGCGUGAGGCGCUGUGCGGCCGCGCCGCGGCCGUCGUCGGCGACGCCGUCCUCCCGCCCUGA